AUGACGACCCCAGCCCAAAUUCAAGCUUUGCUACGCUUCCUUUCCCAGGACUCGAAGCUGCCCCUCGUCGUCGCAAUGGCAAAAGCGAAGGAACUUCAGAAGGCCAAUCUUAUCACUCCGGAAGAGAUUUUGAAAAAGGAUCUUAGAACGCUUCAAUCUAUUUUGGGUGAAGAGAAGGUUGCAAAACAGGUCUCGAAUGCUGCCCGUAGAGUUACUUCAAAGAAACGUCCCCAUGAGGGCGACGGCUCACCUACAAAAAGAUCUAAAAUGUCUGAUUUAAGCUUAGAUGCAUUAUCUGCCUCUCAGCUUGAGUCUGCGUUGGUCCUCCCAUUAUCGACCAACGUAGACGAGAUAACUUCAACUAUCUUGUUGACAAACCGAGCGCCUCUGGUCCUCGCCUUUGCAGUUGUACUGUUAAAAUAUACAAUGCCAGAACAGCCCCUAUCAAGCAGACUAAGCUUGGCUCAAGCGGUUGUCAGUGCCAACAGCCGGAGCAAAGCUGUUAGUCUUGGAAUUGAGACUGGUAAAAGCGCAGAAGACGAAGGAUGGGGCCAAGGACAACCAACAGUGAAAGUCCUCGGAAGAGAAAUCAGCGUUUUGAAACGGUGGGGAUACAGUUGGGAUGAGAAGGACCCGCCGGAGAAACCUACGGACGGUGUUUCUGAUAAAUUGGAGACUCCCAAAAUGGAAAGCAACGAACACAUCAGCUCAAAGACUCAACCUGCUUUGUGGGGAUUAGAUCCGGAAGCUAUGAGAAAGUCAAAUAGCAAAGCCCCAAAAUCACGUCUGAUCAGUCCAAUCCUCCCAAUCCACAGGCCGGAGGCAGCCCGCAAUUAUUUACUAAAAUCGUUCACGUUCCAAAAGCCAACGGAUUCGGCCACAGAUACAGCAAAGAAGAAUCGAUCUGCUUCAGAUUUGACAUCCGAAAAGGAGAGAGCCCUAGCUCUUUUACUCGGUGCGAUUGAUCUCCUGUGCCAGUCGUGGGUAUCUGUGCUCAGUCAGGGCGAAAUGGAUGGACGAGCUUGGUCCUGGUAUGUGACAGUUCGUCCAGAUAUUGAAAGCGGAAUCACUGGCUGGGGCCAAAAGGGUUCUGUUCACCUCUCCAAAAUCCUCGAUCUGAGACGAAAGGGUUGA